AUGCCGCUGGAUCGCCCCAUCCCCGCCUUCUACUGCUGCUACCUUCUGAGGUCCACCGUCCGUCGCGCCAACGUAUAUAUCGGCUCAACCCCCAAUCCAGUCAGGCGCCUCGGUCAACACAAUGGCCUGGCCAAGGGCGGCGCCGCCAGGACCAACAGACCCGCCCUGAGGCCCUGGGAGAUGGCCUGUAUCGUCACCGGCUUCCCCAGCCAUAUCGCCGCCCUGCAGUUUGAAUGGGCCUGGCAAAAUCCACACGUCACCCAACACAUCUCCGAUGAAUCCCGUAUUCAACACGCAACGCAGAAGAAGAGAUCAGGACAGCCCAAGCGCCCCCGGCACAGCGUCCUGUCCCUCCUCUCCAACCUGCACCUCCUCCUCCGCUCUCCCUCCUUCUCUCGAUGGCCUCUCGAAAUUCGCUUCUUCUCCGAAGACGUCUACCAAACCUGGCUGAAGUCUUCGUCAACGGCCGAUGAAUCAAUCCGGGAUUCGAUACCCGUCAUCAGAGAUUUUCCACCUGCGUCAGAAUUAGGAGGAGAGGACAGUGGGAGUCCACAGAUGAAAAGGCGCAAGACUAGUCAUGGUAUAGCGGCACUGGAUGUCGACUACGCAAAUCACAAAUCGCAUGUGGAGAAGGCAAGAGAGGUGAUGCAGUUUGAAAGGGAGGGGAGGUGUGCUGUCUGUCGGAACGAGCUUGAACACGAUGCCGGCAUCUACACGGUCUGCCCGAAUGCGGGAUGUGAGAGUGUUUCCCAUCUCACUUGUCUCAGCAAGCAUUUCUUGGAGUCCGACGAGAGCGCGUCGUUAAUUCCGAUAGCGGGGAAAUGUCCAGGCUGUCAUGCCGAGUUGCGUUGGGUCGAUAUCGUGAAAGAAUUGACCCUACGAAUGAGAGGGCAAAAAGAAGUCGAGAAACUGCUGAAAGGGAAGAGAGUGAGGAAGGCUACUGCUGAAUCCUCUUCGCAAGCUAUGCUUGAGACAUCUGAUUCCAAUGAGUUUUCGGACGAUGAGAUCGAGAGCGAUAUCAUGGAGGAGCUGAAGAUGUUGCAGAAAUUCAACCCGAUAGGAAGCAAGAUGGAUAUGGGCGAUAGCUGGCAUGUUAUCGACGCUUCGGAUGAUUCCGAUACACAGUCAAUUGCUAGCAUAGCAUCGCGGACAAAGAAGGACACCUCGUACAAGACCAACCCUGGUGGUUUGGGCGCCGUGAUCGAGGACAGCGAUUGGGAUGAUGCAGAGAUUCUGGAUUGA